ACAGUAAACAGAACUCAAAUAGAGCAAUAAAACAAGGCCGAACUGUCAAAACAUUUCGUCUAUAUAAAUAUAACCGACGUUUUACUUAUAGACGUCAUUGCGAAUAUUUCAAUUAACUUCCUGUAUUUGCUUCCGGUCACCUGAUCGUGUAAUGAUUUACGAGCGGAGUGUGGUGAGAUUAUUUCUUAAAGAACAUGGACCACGACGAUGACGAUUGCUGUGGAACAAACGCAAUGAAGCCCGACAGGAACAGGAGAUUCAGGAGCUCCGAAUAGAAAAUGAAAAAUUGAAAAGAGAAAAAGAUGAUGCCUUAACAAGAUUAAGCGAAGUCAUGUCUGUAAAACUGAGAGACAACAAUCCGAACAUCGCCGAUCUCAGUGACCUCUUCAGACCUACAAAACUGGCGGAGAUGUUUAAUGAACUGUACGUCAACCAGUGGACUAGUGCUUUCACCAUCUUACAAGACCAGCUGUCCGAAAGAAGCGCUGUCGAAUUUUUGCUAGAUGUCUUUUUACUCGCCUACGAUUUUUGUUCGAGUGAACUGCAGAAGACGUGGCAAUUUGUCUGUAAAUGGUAUAUUGACGAGGAUACUAACACGCAGUUACGGAAACAAUUAAAAGAUGCAAGGAAAGCAAAAGUCUUGCUCCUUUCUGAGGAGGUCGCCAGAGUGUUCCUGAGGCAUAUCUACAACGUUUGCAGCGAUGAAAAGGUGAAAGGCUUGCUAUCUGGACCAUUUGUGAAUGGUUACAUUUUGGAAAGCGUGAACAUUGCACUACUCAUGUGUGCCUGCGAUCCACCAGUUCUGGUGGCAUGUCCUGGUUUAGAAGGCUGGCCUGUCUAUUCGAACAACUUUACUGAAGUACAAGGGAAACUAAACACUCCUGAACGAACUGAAGCUCGCUUUGUCGACAAGCGUCAUUCUCAUAACGUUGACGUGCUUGUUCAUUCUAACAACGGCGAGUUAAGUAAUUCGGCAAUUGAUGUUAAAGACGUUGAACUCAAAGACAUUUCAGAAUCUAGAACAACAAGCGCAGACAUGAAUCCUGUUAUUUUGAUUGGCCGCGAAUCUAAAUCUGGAGGAUCAUUUGACUCAGACACGGAAAGGAAUUCUAUAGUUAAGGCCAAGUCGUUAAUUCAGACGACUUACUACGGUUCCAUGAACAACGCAACAGAAGGUUCGGCUUGCCUAGGUAACCUGAAUGAUGCAGUUACAGCACAUGAAAUGGCUUCAAUAAAUAGUGCAAACAUGAAGGCCGAAAAGUUUGGCUUUGGUGCACCGAAAAUGAAUGCUAAUGUCAUUACAAACCAACCUUCAAAAAGUGUGGAAAAUGCUGCAUUUGACAGGGGUCUCUACAGGGACUACACUACCAAAGGACCGCGCGUGGAGUUCUUCGUAUGGCCAGUGUUGUACCUACACGUCGGAGGGCCCCUUCUUGCCAAAGGAAUUGCUCAGGGAACAAAAUGGGGAAUUAAAACGGACGCAAGCUCGAUGUGGUCGUGGAGGAUCCUUGUUCCAGAGGCAAACGUCUCUGUUACGAAUGUUAAUAUCCGAGUAGCAGAAGAAAGGUCAACUGGAGAUAUUGGAGCCAGAUUAUCAGCAGUUGGAAAUAUUGAAGCCCGAUUACUUGAUGCUUCUUCUAGUGAUAUAGAAACCCGAUUAACCCUAACAAAUGCACCCUUUAAUGUUGAAUCCCGAGGAUCAGAAGCAGUCAUGUCAAAAGGAGAAAUUGAAGACAGAUUACGAGACGCUACGUCAUCAGCUGAAACCAUGGAUUCUCAAGUACCAGACGCACAUUGUCCAAUGGAGGAUUCUGUUUCACGAAUAUCAGAAGCUAGAGUUGGGGACAAUGAAGACGAUGUAGAACAGACGAACGACUUAUGUGGGACUAUUAAAACCCAAGCAUCGGAUUCGGAUGAACAGCCGGUAGACAAUGAAGAUAUGAGCACCAACUUUUAGCAUGUAGCAAACAUGUACAUUGAUUUAAUUUAAAUGUUAUUUAAUUAAUUCAUUGUGAUAACAAAACAAUUUUUAAUCAGAUAAAAUACAUACAAUUGUUUAAUAUACCAUAAUAUGCAUUGUAUACGCUCCCACAAACAUCCUACCAAUUAUAUCAUAUUAACCAAACGAAUCCUAACA